AUGGCCGGACCCACCGACUCAGCCACCUCGGGCGACACGAAGAAGGGCGGCAAGAAGGCCGCCGCCGCAGCUUUGGCCGCAGCCGCCGCCGCCCAGUCCUCCGGCGCCAGCGACAAGGGCAGCAGCUCGAAGGUGAAGAAGCGCACCUCGAUGGGCUCGGAGAAGAAGAAGCGCAAGGUGAAGCGCAAGGAAUCCUUCAACAUCUACGUGUACAAGGUGCUGCGCCAGGUGCAUAACGACAUUGGCAUCUCCUCGAAGGCCAUGUCCAUCAUGAACUCCUUCGUGAACGACAUCUUCGAGCGCAUCGCCUCGGAGGCCAGCCGCCUGGGCCACUACAACAAGAAGUCGACCAUCUCCAGUCGCGAGAUCCAGACUGCCGUUCGCCUGCUGCUGCCGGGCGAGCUGGCCAAGCACGCCGUCUCCGAGGGCACCAAGGCCGUGACCAAGUACACCGCCACCACCAACGCCCUCAACACCAGCCAGUGA